AUGCCUGGUUUCCAUCCACCAGAAGACUUUGAUUUCACCUCUCCUGAAAAGUGGCCGGCGUGGCGUGAUCGCUUCAUCCGCUACCGACUGGCAUCGGGACUUCACAAGGAGGACGACGCUGACGAGCGGAUCCGGGAUCGUCUCAUAUCCGGGAUGUCCGACAGGGAGCUGUCCCGUAAGAUCCAGCUCAAAUCGCUCGAGGAAGAGGUGUCGAUGAAUACGGUCAUUACUAUGAUGCGUAACGUCGAAAUCGUAAACAGCCGUGACAGCUCCGGUCCAUUUGAUGUCAACAGAGUUCGAGCACCGACGCAGCGCCGUUGGUGCUUCCCGAUCCCGACCCUGGAGCACCUGACGUCCAAGCUGGGCGGUGCGACACUGUUCUCCAAGCUGGACGCUUCUUCUGGCUUCUACCAGAUCCCGUUGGACGAAGCAAGCUCCAAAAUGACUACGUUCAUCACACCGUUCGGCAGGAAGAGGUUCCUGCGCCUGCCGAUGGGAAUCUCACUGGCUCCGGAGUGCUUCCAGCGAAAGAUGCAGGAGAUGCUGGAUGGACUGCCUGGAGUCAUCGUCUACAUGGACGACACGCUGGUUUUUGGAGAUGCAAGCAACCAUGACGCACGUCUCGAAGCCGUCAUCAGAAGAAUCCAUGAAUCUGGCCUCAAGCUGAACAAGACGAAAUGUGAGUUCCGAAGGGACGAGGUCAAGUUUCUUGGCAUGAAGAUAAGCAAGAAUGGCAUCGGCGUGGACGACGAGAAGCUCGAAGCGAUACAGCAGCUCCAGCAGCCAAAGAACGUCACAGAGCUCCGGUCUCUGCUAGGGGUGGUCAACUACCUCUGCAGGUUCGUCCCGCACAUCCAGGAGCGCCUAAGGCCCCUCAACGAUCUGCUGAAAAAGGACGCUGCGUGGAACUGGACGCCUCAGCAGCAGCAAGCACUGGAUGAUGUGAAAGCAGCCGUCACGUCCGCUCCAGUCCUGGCGUUCUACGACCCAGCGCGCGAGACAGUGGUCAGCGCAGACGCAAGCAGCUACGGAAUCGGAGGAUGCAUCCUUCAGAAGCAUGGUUCCAGCUUCAAGCCCGUCGCAUUCUGCAGCAGAAGUCUGACGGACACAGAGACGAGGUGGGCCCAGAUUGAAAAGGAACUACUCGCUGCAACUUGGACAUGCGAGAAAAUGCACAUGUUCCUGUCUGGACUGCCGUCGUUCGACCUACAACUGGAUCACAAGCCACUGAUCCCGCUCAUCAACACGAAAAAUCUCGUAGAUGCGCCAAUCAGGUGUCAGCGCAUGCUCAUGCGACUAAUGCGUUACAACGCAACAGCGGUGUUCAUUCCAGGGAAGCAGCACCUGGUACCUGACUUCCUCUCGCGUCAUCCACUCCAGAAGCACGAUGCGAUCGGCGCUGUGCAACAGGAAGACGUCCACAACUUCUGCAAGAGGGUCUUCGAUGACCUGCCCGCCACACCGCAGCGUCUGGUGGAGAUCAGCAGGGCUCAACAGGCAGAUGAACUCCUCCAGCGCGUGGUUCAGCAGACUCUCUCUGGCUGGAAGGAGGGAGCAAAGCACCCCGACAUGCUGGACUACUUCGCCGCGCGUGGAGAAAUCAGCGUUCUCUACCUGACAAGCGGCACACUGCUGAUGUACGGCCGCCGCAUCAUCAUACCGCCUAGUCUGCGUGAAGAGAUGCUCAACCGUCUACAUGACGACGGUCACUUCGGGCUCAACAAGUGCCGCCAGCGAGCAGCAGAAUCCGUCUGGUGGCCCAAGAUCAGCAUCGACUUGAAGCGCCACAUCGAGCACUGCGCGUUCUGCCAAGUGCACGCGCCCUCCCAGCACGCUGAGCCACUGGUAACGACUCCAACGCCGUCAAGACCGUGGAAUCACAUCGCAGCAGAUAUCUUCCACUUCAACAACAGCAACUGGCUCGUGACUGUGGACCUCUUCAGCAGGUAUCUGGAAAUUCAACGCUUGCCCAGCCUCACAAGCACCGCAGUCAUCGAGCGGCUGAAGCGCCUGUUCUCCAGACUGGGGAUACCGGAUCUGAUGACAACAGACGGAGGAACGCAGUUCACUUCCAGCUCAUUCGCCGACUUCGCAGCGUCGUACGGCUUCACACAUCGCGUCACUGACCCGCACACGCCAUCAUCCAAUGGAGCAGCUGAACGGGCCGUGAGGACCGCAAAGUGGAUACUUCGCCAAAAAGAUCCUCACCUCGCUCUCCUGAACUACCGAACAACGGCUGUGGAAGCCACUGGAUACUCCCCAGCCCGCCUUCUGAUGGGACGUGAGCUUCAGUCCCGUCUCCCCGUCGCUCAGCAGCCCGCCAAGAAGGCAUGGCGGCACGCGAAACUCCGCGAUGGGCGGAGAAAGAAGAAACAGGAGUCAACCGUCAAUCAGAGGCGAGGCGCCCGCAACCUGCCUCCGCUGCAGCCCGGCGCCAGAGUCCGGAUCAAGACAGAAAGGGGCAGCUGGUCGGAGCCCGCCAUCGUCACGCAAAGGCUCUCCAGACGCAGCUAUCUGGUGGAGCUCGGCGGCUGCCAAUAUCGCCGUCCCGGCACAGCACGGAACCGGGCAACGGGCAGCACCAGUGCCACCUCCGGUGGUGCCGCCGACAUCCGUGGCAGCACCACGCCCGGUGGUGCCGCCACCACCACCACAGCAGCUUCCGCCAGCUGCGCCGUCACCUGA